AUGCAUUAUGGUAAAUACUUCCCAAUUAUAGGUUCGGAGGGAGAAGAAGACAGGGAUGAGAGUGCGCAGUGCGAAAUAGAGUCCGGCAACAGGUGUAAACAAAGACCUCAAUGGUUUGUUCUGUUGCAGUACACUCUAUGUGUUUGUAUUCCGUUGCUUAUCUUGGCCUUUACCAUUAGAGAUAUCAAGCUCUUAGCGAAGAUUAGGGGGGCGGAGCGGCCGUGGCGACUAGAUACAAGCAAAAACUAUACGAUGGAUACCAGAUACUGGCGGGAGCAGGGCGACGUGCCGCAGGAGAGACACUACUACUUCAAUAUCUCCAAAUUGGUGGAAAAGGCACCGGAUGGAAUAGUAAGGAAUCUCACGGUUAUCAACGGACAGUAUCCAGGUCCGUUGAUAGAAGCCAAUGCAGGGGAUGUGUUGUGGAUCCAUGUACAGAACUGGAUGGAGGACGAGGCGGUUACUAUUCAUUGCCACGGGCUUUUCUUCAAUCAGAGGGAUGGGUUUAACGAUGGGGCAGCGCAUAUCAAUCAGUGCCCGAUUCCGGGAAACGGUGGGCGGUAUAAUUACCGGAUUAGGAUAGACGAAGACCAGUGGGGAACAUACUGGUACCACUCACAUUUUUCUACGCAGGCGGCGGACGGGGUGUUUGGACCGUUGGUGAUUCAUUCCAGGAAGGAAGACAGGCUUUUGUCUGAGGCAUACGAUGAGGAUGUUGUGGUUUUGGUGAACGAUUACUACCAUGAUGUGGCGUCGAGUUAUUUGGAUGAAUAUAUGGCUCCAGGUAAUGAGAAUGAGGAGCCGACGCCUGAUAACGGGUUGAUCCAGGGGAGCAAUAAGUUUGUGUUUGAUUCUGCGACGUACAUGGUGCCGCAUGCGAAUUCGGAGGGGUCUGUUGGUUCUUCUGAUACGGGAGACAGGUAUGUAGGGGCAGGUGUUGCUGAUUUAGCUGUUGUGAAGUUCAAACCUGGGGUGAAAUAUCGGGUGCGGGUUGUGAAUGCAGGGUUCUUUGGCUCGUUUAAUUUCGCUGUGGAUAACCAUUUGCUUCGUGUAAUUGAGGCUGAUGGAACGAAUGUGGAACCUGUGGACAUGCAUUCGUUGGAUAUGUCUGUCGGGCAGCGCUAUUCUUUUAUUUUGCAAAGACAAGAAAACACAAUCGAUAGGUUCUGGAUGCAUGCGCGGUUUAAUCGGUUUUGUUUUGCUGAUGACUCCCCUAACUUUGACAAAGAUGUAAAGGCAGUUGUGAGUUACGGAAAUUCCACUGCGGAGCAGGGGGAGGUCUUGAGUACCAGCUGGCCCUAUGGCGGUGGUGAUGUUAUCUGUCGUGAUUCUGAUCAAAGCUUGUUUGCGACGCUAAAUGGGAAGGUGCCUUUGCGUGAGGAUGGGUCGCGAAAGCCUGACGUUUCCGUGAAUUUGGAUGUUGCAUUUUUGAUUAAGGAAAGACAGUUAUCACGUGGCUACUUUAAUGAAAUGACGUAUAGGCACUUGGAGCAGAGUUGUUCUAUGCAUGAGUUGGCUUUCAGUGCGAAUGACAAUGGGAUUCGGAACUUAAGGACUGAGCCCCAAUUAGAGACCAAAAACAAAAACCAAUAUUUGCUUAACUUUGAUAAGCGUGGGACAGUGGUGGAUCUUAUUGUUAAUAACUUUGACGAUGGUGCACAUCCAUUCCAUAUACAUGGGCAUAAAUUCUGGGUACUCAAGGUUGGAGAAAAGGGCUACUUUGAUGAUACCUUCUACGAAGAUGACUCUGAUGCUAUGAACUUUGAGAAUCCUAUUCUCAGAGAUACGGUAAAUGUCAACGGGUAUGGUUAUGCUGUUCUACGAUUUGUGAUCAAUAAUCCCGGCGUGUGGCCCUUCCAUUGCCACAUUGGAUGGCAUAUGGAGGCUGGCUUGCUUCUUCAGAUAAAUGCCCUUCAGAAUGAAUACUCUAAUUGGCAGUAUCCUUCCCUGUGGGCUGAACAUUGUCAUCACCACAAAUGA